AUGGGGUGCCGUUUCAGUUCCUCCCGCCUGGAAUUUGUCAAAGAGCUCUUGCUGCAUGAUCCAGCGAACGAGAGUCGGCGAUCGCGGAGCGGGAAAUCGUGAGGCUCUGCGGACUCCAAAAAUCUCCAAGUUGCGGAUCUCAUUCAUUUUCCGAAACUCCCUCCGAGUACGCCCCACUUUUGCGUAGCCAUCCGGCACUUCACUCGAAGAGAUGACGAUCCCGCUGAGCUCGGAUCCGAUAUGGCGAAGAGUUGAGGAAGUUGUCCUCGAACUCGAGGAAAGAAAAUUGGGAGAAGCGUCAGCUAGCGCCUCCUCUAUCCAAGGGAAAUUCAACGUCAUUAGCGACCUCGCAAUCGGACCGAAUCUCCUUCCGAAUGUCGGAAACAGCUGUAAGAAAACGCGAACUUCGGAUCCGCCGCAGGCGUUGUUGGAACACCGAAGACUCGUGGCUGGGGUCCAGAUCCUGCUCCACUUCAUCUCAGCCAAGGGUCCUUACGGCCAGAUAGUCAUCAUUUCGCAAUUACCGAGAAUUCUCGCGGCUCUGAUGCAAUUAUGUCAUGCUCCGAUCAGGAGCGUCGAACCAUCCGAGACACCGAUACCGGACUCCGUCCGGGGUUGGCUUCAGCAUGGCGACGCAAUCGGAGAUUUUGACGUCAGCGCUGACGGUGUCGUCGCUGAGAUGCAGCGAGACAGGCUCCGGCUCGGAGUCGAGCUCCAGCAGCUCGUCUCGAAGCUUUUCCCACCUGCCGUCAUCGAGACCUUCUUCGUAAUGCUGAAUUCCGAGAGUCCUCGCUGGCUGAAGAAAGCGGUUUCCUCUCGUCUCUCAGACGAGAUCCUCAGGGAGCGCGGUUUAUCGAAUUUAAUCUGCGCCAUGGGUCAGGUUUUCGACCGCGACACGCCAUGGCUUCAGUUCGAGAAGGUCGCCAUGCUGGUCACGCGACCGCCAUCGACGGCAUCCGACACGGAUUACACUCGAAAUAUGGGCUCACAGCUGAAGAACAUCCUGUCGGAAAAUAUCCUGAAGUCCGAGAUGACUCUGGUCGUCGCUAUCAUCAACGCGUUCCUGACCCAGAAGCCUGAACUCGGCACCGAGCUCGUUCUGAUACCGUGUUUCGCCAAAUUCUUUGCGCUACUGCAAGGGGACCCGGGAAGCGAACGGAAGAUAAGUUCGAAAGAAAUCCGGAAGCACGUAGAGCUGGUUCAUCUUUCGUGUGGAUUUCUCCCUCGAGAUUGCGCACUCCUUGAAGCGUUCGCACUCCUCGCACCAUUGUACCUGAUGAUGGCUGCGUACUCGAUCGAAGUCAAGAAUUCGGAAACUUCGCUCCACGUGGAAACGAUCGUGAAAUUGGUAUCGAGUCUCAGCGAUGGAGUCGAUGUUGUCCUCGCAUGCUUGGAUCCCUGUGACCCCAGGUUCACGCUGCCCAACCCGCCGGGCUUAUCAAUAAAUGAGAUGGGUGAUAUCGAGAUUUCAGACGGGGGCACGAUUCUCGCUCCUUCUCCAGAGCUGUAUGAAUGCUUGUUUUCUGAAAUUUUCCGAGUCGAUGCAACGCUUGCAUGCCGAAUCUGUUUGAGACUCAUGGACUACUACGAGAGGGAACGAGCAGAAGAAUCGGGUGCGAGCGCCGAAUUCUGGCGCGUUUGCGGCUGCCUAUUGGUGAAGCUCAUUCCGAUGUGUGAGGAGACAAUCAAGCAGAAUGAAGACUUCACAGUCAGGACAAUCAUCAAUAACAUGAGUCGGGUUCACCAAUCGGAACAGGCUCAGGAAGCUCUGAAGUUGGUUGAAAUGCUGCUGAGGACCGUUGACCAACUUUCGACCGAGAAUCGCCAGCGAUUGCGAGCAUCCGUUGUCCACCUGGAAAACGUCGGCGGCUAUCUCGAAUCAAAAGCGUUGACGCUCAGGGACGGCAUCCUCGAGAAACUGGCCGAUGUGGAACCGUUCUGCAUGGGUCCAACUCUUCUCACCUGGAAAUACGCACCCACAGCUCUGCGAAUCCUCGCGAACAAGACUUGGAAGAAUCACGAGGCAUUCCCGGUCCGAGAGUCCGUGGAAUGCUUGGUUGAACCUCAUGUGAAUCACCCUACCCGUGCGAAGUCGGUGUUCGGUACAAUGAGCGAAUAUCAAAAAGUCAGAGAUGAACUCCUGGAUCCAGACGUGGCCAUUCGAGGUCACGGUUUCAUUCAGCUCAGGAAGCUCCUCGCCGCUCGGGAUCCUCAGGCGGGGAAAGACCUGAAAUAUCUUCAUGAAUUGUGCAAGGUAGCGUUGCAAGAAAAGGAUACUUAUAUCUAUCUCGGCGCGGUUCAAUGUUACGCUCAAAUCGUCGGAUGGCAGACUGGGGAGUUCCUGCCCGAGCUGCUUGAUUCUUUCAAAGAAACCGAUUCGGAUGAUAUCAAGAUGAGAUUGACCGAAACAUUGCUUCAAUGCGUGAUGUCCUUCGGCGAUCUGUCCCCCGUUUACUGCGAGAUGAUCGUGGACGCCAUCAUAGACCUCCUGGAUUCUGAGACCGUCGACGCAACAUCAAAAUGUGCAGCGUCUUCGAUCUUAGGCUACACGCUCGGUCAUAUCCCGAAUCGCAGUCCAUCGUUCAGGCGCGCUGUGAAUAUCCUAAUUUCCAUGAUAACCUUCGAGCCAGACGAAAUCCUGCGGCGUGCCGCUGCCUCAGGCUUAGCGGAGGGUUUAAAAUCUCUCGACAAAGUCGAUCUAAUACGCGACUACCCGACAGAAGUGCGGGACAUCCACCGAGUAGUGAAGACCUUGUAUUCGAAGUGUGACGAUGAAGCGCUGCGAAUACACCUCCAGGAAAUACUGUUGACACUGGGUGAAGUGGCCAAAACCCUGCUUCAGGUUACUGUUACUACUGAGAGAUGA